UUUCCCUUGCGCUCUUUAGUUAGCCUGCAUUAUUCGGUGUAUCAAGUAAAGUAAGUAGAUUAAUUCUCCUGCCAGAACAGGAGAUCGGAUUUAUUUUGGAAGCGGCAAAGCGUUGGAAUGGAUGUGGAAAUUCUGAAGUGGUUCACGAAAAAUGACAUCUAUGCUAAGGCGAAGAUGUCCCAGGUGAAGCAAGUGGGUCUGUUGGCAGCGGGAUGCCAGCCCUGGAACAAAGAUGUGUGUGCCGCGAGCGGAGACAGAUUUGCCUACUGUGCUACCUUGGCUAUUUACAUUUACCAGCUGGAUCGUCGGUAUAAUGAAUUCAAACUCCGCGCAAUCAUGUCUGAACACAAGAAGACCAUCAUGGCAAUAUCUUGGUGCCCUCACAACCCGGACACCAUCGCAAGCGCCGGUGCCGACAACUCAGUCAUCGUUUGGAACGUGGCGGAACAGAAAGUGGUGGCGAAACUCGACAAUACCAAAGGAGUGCCCGCGUCCCUCGGCUGGUGCUGGAACGUCGACGACGCCGUGGCCUUCGCCUCUCCGCGAGGCCCGCUCUACGUCUGGACAGUCUCGGGGCCGGACGGCGGGACGGCGGCGGUCCACAGAGAAGCCCACGGCUUCCUGGCCGACAUCUGUCUCUUCCGGUGGCAUCCCAGGAAGAGAGGGAAAGUGGUGUUCGGUCACACGGACGGAAGCCUCUCCAUUUUCCAGCCAGGCUCCAAGAGUCAGAAGCACGUCCUGAGGCCGGAGUCUCUGGAAGGGACGGACGAGGAGGACCCGGUGACGGCGCUGGAGUGGGACCCGCUGUCCACGGACUACCUGCUGGUGGCCAACCUGCACCACGCCCUCCGCCUGCUCGACUCCUCCUCGCUGUCCUGCAUCACCACCUUCCGCUUCCCCGGCGCCGCCUCCGCCGCGGCCGCCGCCUCCUCGGUGCAGUGCCUGGCCUGGGUCCCCAGCGCUCCCGGGAUGUUCAUCACCGGAGAUUCCCAGGUUGGCGUGUUGAGAAUGUGGAAUGUCUCAAGGACAACCCCCAUAGACAACUUUAAACUGAAGAAAACAGGGUUUCAUGGUUUACAUGUACUGAAUUCUCCUCCGAGGAAAAAAUUUUCGACGCAGUCUCCAAACAAAAGCCAUUACACGUCAUCGACCAGUGAAGCUGCACCUCCUCCUCCUCUGACACAGAACCAGGCGUUUUCUCUUCCUCCUGGACACGCGGUCUGUUGUUUCAUGGAUGGCGGCGUCGGGCUUUAUGACAUGGGAGCCAAAAAAUGGGAUUUUCUUCGGGAUUUGGGACACGUUGAAACUAUCUUUGACUGCAAAUUCAAACCCGAUAAUCCUAACCUUCUAGCGACGGCGUCAUUUGAUGGAACAAUAAAAGUCUGGGAUAUAAAUACCCUAACCGCGGUCUCCACCUCUCCCGGAAAUGAAGGGGUAAUUUACUCUCUCUCCUGGGCUCCAGGGGAUUUGAACUGCAUUGCUGGAGCAACUUCCAGAAACGGAGCUUUCAUCUGGGAUAUUCAGAAGGGCAAAAUGAUCACGCGCUUCACUGAGCACGGAAAGAAUGGAAUUUUCUGCAUUUCCUGGAGUCAUAAAGAUUCCAAAAGAAUAGCCACCUGCAGUGGGGACGGAUUCUGUAUUAUCCGAACAAUCGACGGUAAAAUUCUCCAUAAAUAUAAGCAUCCAGCUGCCGUUUUUGGUUGUGAUUGGAGUCAAAACAACAAAGACAUGCUAGCCACCGGCUGCGAAGACAAAAACGUGCGUGUGUACUACCUCGCCACCAGUUCCGCGGAGCCCCUGAAGGUGUUCAGCGGGCACACGGCGAAGGUGUUUCACGUCAGGUGGUCUCCGCUGAGGGAAGGGAUCCUCUGCAGCGGCUCCGACGACGGAACGGUUCGCAUAUGGGAUUACACCCAAGACGCCUGCAUCAGCGUGCUCACGGGGCACACGGCACCGGUCCGGGGCUUGCUGUGGAACUCCGAGAUCCCUUACCUCCUCAUCUCCGGCAGCUGGGACUACACCAUCCGGGUCUGGGACAGCCGGGAAGGGACCUGCCUGGAUACCGUUUAUGACCACGGGGCGGAUGUCUACGGGUUGACGUGCCACCCGAGCCGCCCCUUCACCCUGGCCUCUUGCUCCCGGGACUCCACCGUGAGACUGUGGUCCUUAACGCCCCUGAUCGCCCCUCUCCAAAUCAACAUCCUGGCCGACCGGCCCUGGGACGAGGUCGUCGGCAACACAGAUCGGGCGGUGGAACCCGGGACCCCCCCUCUGCUCUGCGGCAAAGUGUCCAGAGACAUUAAACAGGAGGUAGACAAACUGACGGGCAGCCUUCGAGGGAACAAACUACGCUGGUUUUCGGAAUGCUUGUCACCCCCAGGAGGCAGUCAAAACUUGUGGGACCUCGUGGCGAUAAUUAAAGGCCAAGACGACAGCCUUCUUCCUCAGAACUAUUCCAAAGGAAUCAUGCACGUCAAGCAUCUGGUCAGAUUUCGAACGUCCAGAGCCCAAGAGCUGACGACCGUCAAGAUGUCCAGGUUCGGCGGGGGGAUCGGCGCCCCCAGCAAGGAGGACCGACUGAAAGAGGCCGCCCGGAUCCACCUGCGCUUGGGCCAGAUCCAGAGAUACUGCGAGCUGAUGGUGGAGCUGGGAGAGUGGGAUCGAGCCCUCUCUGUUGCCCCAGGAGUCUCUAUGAAAUACUGGAAGAAAUUAAUGCAGAGGAGAGCAGACCAGCUAAUAGAGGAGGAGAAUGACGACGUCAUCCCCUACUGCAUAGCCACGGGUGAUGUGAAGAGACUCGUCGGCUUCUUUACCUCCAGAGGUCAGCUUAAGGAGGCUUUGCUGGUCGUCCAGGCGGCGUGUGAGGGAAACGUGCAGGCUCUGCACACGCCAGCCCCGGACGGCUCUUCCGAUUCCGCCGGGAGCACCGGGGACCAUUACACUGAGCUGCUGCACAAGGUGAGCGCGGAGCUGGCGGAGUGGUACUUCCAGGACGGCCGAGCCAUCUCGGCAGCGUGCUGCCACUUAGCCGUGGACAACGUCCAGCUCGCCGUGGCCAACCUCAUCCGUGGAAACGAGCUGGAGUUAGCCGUCUGCGUGGGCACAGUCUUGGGUGAGAGCGCUGCCCGGCCCACCCACUACGCUCUGGAACUGUUGGCCAGGAAAUGUAUGAUGGCCCCAACCUGGGACCUGGCUGCGGAUCUUCUCCUCAUGACGCCCGAUAACCACCUACAGCUGGUAAAGCUCUGUGCCUUCUACCCCGGUUGCACCCAGGAGAUCAACGACCUGAGGCAAAAGUGUAACCUCCCCACAUUAGAAGAGUGUGUCCACUUAGCAGAGGCAGCCCAGGCCGACGGCAAUAUAUUGGACACCGUAAAAUAUUACUUGCUGAGUCAAGAACCUGAGAAAGCCCUUCCUAUUGGUAUCCAGUUUGCUAAAGAGCAAAUCAGUAGCUCAGACUGGACUUUGGAUACCGUCUACCCGGUCCUGGAUCUCCUCAGCUACAUCCGCACCGAAAUAUUGGUCCUGCACAAGUGGAGCGAAGCGCGAAACGAGCUGCUGGUCCUGUGCGGAUACGUCGGGGCCCUGCUGGCCAUCGGGAGGCGGUACCAGCCCAUCGUGCCGGCCCUGUACGAGUACACCGGCCAGCUCUUGAAGCGCCGGGAGGUUUCGGUGCCUUUGAACAUGGAGCGGCUCUCGGUGGAGCUGGACGCGUGGAGGGCCUGCGCUCCUUCGGCGGACGGGCCUACGGAAGGAUCCCCAGAGGGCGAGCCUCCUUCCGAGGCCCAGAGGCUGGUCUACGCCACGCUGCGCAGUCGAAUGACGGAAGAACCCCUCGGGGGGAUCGUGGGACCCGAUCAAGUGACCGGAUCGAACCUCCCCAGCCACUCCGACGUCCACAUCUCCUGUCUCACGGGGCUUCGGAUCCAGGGUCCGGUGUUCUUCCUGGAAGACGGAAAAUCCACGAUCUCUCUGAAUGACGCUCUGAUGUGGGCAAAAGUGAAUCCGUUCUCGCCCUUAGGGACAGGCAUACGGCUUAACCCGUUCUGACAGCACCGUCUCCUUUUUCUCCACCCCGAAAUGCUUUUUUUUCCGAGAAGAGAGAAGUAGCCGGCCGCUCGAUACUGUUUGAACCCUGAUUGUUGAAAAUCCCGAGGGACAAAGUUGUUCCCAUUGUGGAAAUGGGACAGAGAGGUAAAAAGAGGAGCACUUACAAAUAAACCAGCGACGUUUAAAUGCUUUAAA